GAUAUCAAAAAUGAUUCAAUCUGCGUGGAUCAGACUCACAAGAGUUAUUCGUUAUUUUUAGAAAAGAUAUUUCAUUUGAAACAAUGUGGUGCUCCGGAAUCUUUAGAUCGCUGAUUAUCUCAGUAACAGUUUUCCAAUUCGUAUCAUCGAAUUCGACUUUUGAAUCGAAAGCCAAGUGCUGCAAAACAAACGAAUGGAUCGUGAGUGAAAAUCAAAAGUUGUUUUGCAACAAAAGCCAACAAAACCGUUUGUUAUUAAGCGACAGCCAAAAACACAACAGUACCGAGUGUGUGGAGGCCUACAACUCCAAAGUUUACCUCUUCGGAAACCAAGAAAACUCUUUCGUCCUAAAGGAAGUUUUCCCGGCUGUGUCCAAAUGCUGUCCACCCAACUUCUAUUACAACCACGUUCACCAUUCUUGCGCCUUCAUGCCAAACAAAACCAAAACUUUGAACGAAUCGUUCAUCAAAAUCGGGCUCUCGCAUUGCAAUGUCAUUUCGGAUUUUCAAUUCGACUCUACACAUGAUUUCAAGAUAGCAAAUGGCGUCCUUUUCCUGCCGAACGUGACACAAAAUUUCCCAGAAUAUGAUUUUUGCGUGGACGACAAUGUGGACGGGAGAUUUGCAGUGAGGGUGUGCCGUGAUAUUGGGGUGUGUGAAAAUAUUAAGUGUGUCCGCAAAUGCUGUCCAGAUGGACAGAGUUUCGUCAACGGGUCACAUUGCCUGGACACUUUUCAGCAUGGCUUGCGAUUCGAGAACUUCAGCGAUUUCAUGGAAGAUUUUAGUGAUGACUUCGCCAUAAUCCAUGGCUAUCCAGCAACAAACCGGGUCCACAUGGUACCGAAACCUCCCCAAUUUCCCAAGGGCCAAAAAAGCCACAAUAAUCCAUACUGCAUAGAACACGCGACAAAAAACAACUCCACCUAUGGACACUUGUACUUUGGGCUGAUUGUAGCCUCCAGUCCACCGAUGCCAACGAAGUAUUUGCUGAAUAGGGCGGCGAUGAUACUGUCCGGGAUAUUUCUGGUGCUGACCAUGAUAUUCUACGUGGGCACCAAGGAGAUCAGGAAAGUGUUCGGGAAAGCGUUGGUCAGCUUAUGCUUGUCGCUGCUCGCUCUGUAUAUAAUGCUCGUUUAUUAUACUUUCACAUCGGAUCUACAUCACAAGAAGAACAUAGUCAAGUGCAAGGUGAUAGGUUUUUUGAUAAUUUAUCUCGGUUUUUGCUGCUUCGUCUGGUUACAGAUAAUUUCCUAUGAUAUUUACUGGACUUUCGGGUCCAUUAAGAAUGUUUCCAGUAAUGACGAGAGAAAAAGGAAAGCUUUCAAGCGAUUCAUUUUCUACAGUUUGUAUGGCUGGGGCCUGCCGAUGGCAAUCACAGCUUUUUCAAUAUUUUUCCACUAUUUCAAUGUUCUGCCUGCUCCGAUAGAAAUCAAAAUGGGAAGAAGAAGAUGUGCAAUCGAAAGGAGUGAUGGAAACUACGCAGAAAUAUUAUUUCGUACCAUUCCACUUACGGCAAUACUGAUGGUAAAUAUCGUCCUAUACGUACAAACUGUCAAAUAUUGCCUCAAAGUCAAGAACGAAAUUAAGAAUAUGAAUGAAAAUGCAUUGAACAUAAAGAAAAAGAAGAAAUUUUUUGCUAGGAGAGAGAGAUUUCAGCUUGUUGUUAAAUUAUCAUUGACCAUGGGAAUGUUAUACGUUUUUGAGGUGGCAUCAUCAUUCGUAGAUUUCAGUGCCAAUACCAUCACUUCGACCAUAGAAAUCAUCUGGGAUUUUAUCAACUGUCUACAAGGGCUCUUUAUUUUCCUCAUUUUCGUGUGCAAGAAGAAAAACAUAUUGACGUGCAAGAAAUCCGCUACCUUUGAGAAAAUAAGGAAAAUUUCACUGUCUAGCACCAGGACGACUAUCGCUUCAUCUGGAACUACAAAAAGCAACAUUAAUUCGAAAAUCAAAAUGGAGACGGAACAACAUAAAGAAGAAAAUCCAUGAAAAUAAAGCAUUAAACAAUCAGUAUUAUAUUCAGAAUCGAUGAUACACUUACAUAUGGAUUCCACAAUAAAGAGAUACAUUAAAAUAACGUUU